CAGAAGCAGGAAGAGAAACAGCCGUGGACGAGCAGCGCGGAUCCUCGACGCUCGCGUGUUUUACUGGUCUUCUCCGGAAGCAUGUUAUGACCCACGCUCGGAAAAAAGGCUCCCUCGGCCAGUGUCGUGGCGAGGGGUGGGGCCACGUGGAGGGCGGGUCACAUGGUGAAACUGUGGGCGGAGCCUGGCCUGCGCGAUCAAUGGUGAAGAAAGUCGAGGCCAGGAAUCGUGAGCGGCAUGAAAGUCAAAAACGUUCAUUGAAAAUGGUUGAAACUAAGAAGCACGGGAGCAAGAGAGGGAGCGAGCGCAAGCGCAAGCUGUACCCGCUACGAAGAAGAGCCGCGGCUUUAGACGGCGAGGCAUUGAGCUGCCAUGUUUUGCUCACGCGUUUGGACGGACAGGAGGAACCGAUCCCAGAAGUGGAUCCCAAAAAACAGAAGCCAUUUCAGGAUAAACCUUCAGCUCCGGAACCGCGUAAACGUCGACUAGCGUCUCUAAAUGCAGAGGCGGUUAACAGUCUGCUGCUUGAGAAAACCGACACCAAACUAGCGAAGAAACACAGCGAUGGCACCUCAACUAGUAAGACCUGCUCAAAAAGAUCCUCGAAGGCAGAGACGUGCCAAAAGAAGAGGAAGAAAGACGAGCCUGACGCCAGUCUCUAUGCUCCGGCUCCCAAACGGCUAGCCGGACUCAACGCCGCCGCGCUAAUGAAGCUAACUAGCUCGACUACAGGAAGGACCAAACCAGACCGCUGCAAACCCAAAGCACAGAUCCCGACCAAGAAGCUCAUCCGCGAUCCCGACGGAGCUUGUGAAGUGUGUAAAAGCAGGAGCUACGAGUCAGAACUGAGUAACUCGACGGCUAAACCGGGCUUCCAGUCGCAGAGCAUUCUGGGAUACCCAGUGACGGUGGUGAAGGAGGAGCCGGUGGAGGCGGAGCUGAGUGCGUUCUGUUGCUGUCCGCCGGACUGCCACCGGCUAGCGCUGUUCCUCGCGCAGGAGCCGGACGAGUCGCGGAUCAAACACCUGGUUCCAGCGCAUCCGGCGCUAACGCUCAGCGCUCAUCCGUGUGUGUGCGCGGAUCCGUGCUAUGCCGGGUACCUCGUGCACAUCGCUCACCCCGGGCCGGGUUUGAGCGCGCCGGCGCUGCUAGCCUCCUCGGGGAUCGCUCAUCCCUUCUGCGGUUCCGUCGGGUCAGGUUGCUGCCGCUGUGGAGUCGGACGAUACGCCUUCGCUAGCCGGACCUGCUCCUUCCCCACCAGCUGCUCACACUGCAGACAUCCCAUCAAAACAGAAGGCUUCUCCUUGUCUCAAGAUGAGCACAGUCGCUCGCUCCUGGUUCCUCCGCCCCUGCCUCUCUCCGGAUGUCCCAGCAUGCCCCGGGUGAACCCGUCCCCCCCGCUCGACCCGCGGCUCCUGUCCUCGAUGUCGGACCGCAGGCAGGCUGAAGUCAGGCUUAAAGUGGGCAAAACAUGCCCUCAAAACCCCAAGCCAUCCAACGGCUCGCUCACUAUGGGCCACACCAGGUUAUCCAAGCGACCCACAGCCAGUCCAGCAAGUGCCAAACACCAGAGGAAAGUCAGCCGGCGCGAGGCUACGAACGGAUGGCGUCCUGUCGGAGUCCCUACGGAGAAGGAGGUGUUUAUUGCGGGCGAUGACGAGACGGUUCUCCGCCAGUGUUACGAAGGAGUGGAGCGAGACGGAGAAGUGAUCCGGGUGCGAGACACAGUGCUCCUGAGAUCGGGACCCCGGAAGAAAACCCUGCCGUACGUGGCCAAGAUCUCCGCUCUGUGGGAGGACCCGAGAACAGGAGAGCUGAUGAUGAGCCUCUUCUGGUACUAUAGACCUGAGCACACGCAAGGAGGCAGAGAUCCCAGCAUGCACUGCGAGAACGAGAUCUUCGCCUCUCGGCAUCAGGACGAGAACAGCGUGGCCUGCAUCGAGGAGCGAUGCUACGUCCUGCCGCUAGCACAGUACUGCAGAUUUUGUGCCUUGGCCAAGCGGCGCUCUGAGGGUGUGUGUGAACGCCCGUCGGUGGUGCCCGUCUCCCCGGCCGGCGCCAACCCGUCCCACCGGCCCGUGCCCGCGGGCGUCGACCCGCAGCUGGUGUACCUGUGCCGGCACGUGUACGACCUGCGCUACGGCCGCAUCCUGAAGAACCUGCAGUGAGCCAAUCACAGCGUCCCGAGGCGGAUCACGUGACCCUCCUCUGGGGGUCUUGAUGUCCUAAUGAGGCUUCCGUAGAGUAACCGCCUUCUUCAUUUCCAACCCGAUUCUGUGUCACGUACACUGGACUGACGCGCUGCUGAGGCCUGAUGGGAGAAUCGCUGAGGGGUUCAGAACGCUGACGCUUCCAUAACGAAUCUCUCUCGAUCGAAACCCUCUGAGGUCCAGACGAAAGGUCCGUUCACACCAGCGGCGACGUGACGAUAACUAACUGCGAAUCUUUGAAUCAUUCAAGAGAUUCAUUUCAAAAGUGCUGAUUCAUCUAGUAAUGAAUCAAGUAAAGUCUUUAUCAGUGAGUCAUUGAAUCAAGUGAAGCAAUUCACAUUUUUUUAUAACGUCUUAUAAAUGACACGCUAUUUUGUUUA